AUGUCCGACGCCUCCACCACCCACGAGUUCCGUAGAUAUGCAGACGCCCUCGAUCCCGGAACCCCCCAAUCGCCAGGGGCUGCCCACCGCGCCCUCGCCAUCGACCCUGCCCUCGCCAAAGCUUCCUCGCUAUGCGAAGCCCUCGACGCCCUCGUCGAAGUCGUGGCCGUCCGCCUCAACGCCUUCGCCGCCUUCAUAACCCUCACCGACGGCAGCACCCAGCACCUCCUCGCCGGCAGCUGGCACGACAAGCACGACUCCGACGACCCAAACCCACCCCCGACGCCGCAAUGGUUCGCUCCCACCCCCGCCGACCGCGCCGCCUGGCUCCACCUCUUCCGCCUCACCCUCGGCCUGAACGACGACGACGACAAUGAGAACACCCCCGACCACCUCAACAAGCCCACCCCCACGCCGCCCAUCACCCGCCGCCGCCUCGCCGACGCCCCCCACACCGCCCACCUCACCUGCGUCACUUCCGCCCCGCACGCCCGCCGCUUCGCCGCCGCCCCCAUCGUCUCCGCGCGCGGCGUCCCCAUCGGCGCCGUCUUCACACUCCACACCCGACCCCGCCUGCUCGGCGGCGAGCGCAACGCACAGGCGCGGCUGCUCCACGCGACGGCCGCGAAAGCCAUGGCGCAGCUGGAGGUCGCGCGGGCGGUGCGGUCGCGCGACCGCCUGGCGGCCCUGCACGGGAAGCUGAAGGCGUUUGUCAAGUUCAAGGACGUGGUGGCGCUGAUGAGCGAGGAGCCGCCGGUGGUGGUGCGGAGACGUCGUCGCGACGGGCAGGUGGGGUCGGAGUUGCGCAGGGAGGAAGUGUUGAGGGAGGAGGAUAUGGCGGAGGGGGGGAUGCUGAAGGGGUCGGACGAGGGCGAGGCCGGGGCGCUGGGGAGGAAUCACGAUAAUGUGGAGAAUGCGGCGUCGGUGUCGGUGGAUGACGCGGGGAGGUCGGAUGGUGGGAACCGCGGGCGCGGCAGCACUGAGGGCGAGACGAUGUAUCGCAAGGUUUUUGCGAGGGCGGCGGAGGGCCUGCGCUGCGGGCUGGAUGUCGAGGGCGUGACGUUUCUCAAUGGCCUUGUUGGAUUCCACGGCUUGAGCAAUCCCGUCGGGGAGGCUGAGAUUGAGCUGGAGAAUGAGAUGGAUGCGCAGACUGUUGGAGAAUUCCAGGACAACACAGGCACAGAGCCGGGGAAUGAAGAUGCGGAGGGGAGUCAGACGCUGCGAGGUGGCUCUGCGGCAUCUCAGUCGAAGCAAGAUCCUGACGAUAGUGACUCCGGCGGCGAGCGGACAUUCAUCAGCACCGCAUAUGAGAGGUCCGUCCUCGAGCGACGGCCAGCCGAGUGUCUCGGGCUCUCCGUCGUCCACGACAAGUGGCCCAUUGUUAAGCACUUGGGGAAGGGCACGGUGGGGCUGAAAUUUCUUGAUGAAGGAUUCUUACAACGGCUGUUACGCCGAUUUCCGGACGGCAAUGUCUGGUACUUCGGCGAGGACAACACACUGUACACCUUUUCUCUGGAAGACGACAGGUUGAUCAGCGUCGCCGACGACGACGACCUCCGUCACGUGUCCAAGUCGUUCCCCGGCGUGCGCCAGCUCUUCUUUGCGCCGCUCACCGACCCGACCAGCCUGAAACGUCUGGCAUGCUGCCUCGCGUGGACCACCCGCAUUACGCCGCUCUUCACCAGGGCCGCAGACCUAGAUCCGGUCAGGACAUUUCUCCAGUCCGUAGAGUCGGAAGUCUCGCGCAUCGACGCCAUCGCGGCGGUGAAGCAACAAGAAGCCUUCGUCUCGUCCGUCAGCCACGAGCUGCGGACGCCUCUUCAUGGCAUUCUGGGCGCAGUCGAGUUCCUAUCCGACACGUCCCUCGACUCGUUCCAAUGCGAGCUUGCCGAGACCAUACGCUCCUGUAGCACCACGCUGCACGACACGCUCAGCAGCGUGCUCGCCUACGCCAAGAUCAAUCAAUUCGAACGUCGAAGCGACAAGCCUGUCGCUCGACGGCGCGCCCUCAAGCAGCCCUCGCCAUGGGCCAUGGAAGACAAGGACCUCGGCCGUGAGACGGCGGACACGGAGGGUACAAUGUACUGUGUGGCCGAUGUGUCGACGCUGUGCGAGGGCGUUGUCGAGGUUACAGCGAACGGAUAUUCCUUUGGCAACGAGACCAGCAAAGACGUAGCUAUCGUGUUGAACAUCGCACCACGCCCGCGCUGGACCUUUGUCACGGAGCCUGCAAUCAUCAAGCGCAUCCUGUCCAAUAUCCUCGGCAACGCGUUGAAGUACACGGAAUCUGGCUAUGUCAAAGUAUCUGUGCACAUUGACGACACGGAAAAUGACCCUAGCGAUCUCGCCGCGCCCAACGACGAUGGCAGAAAGCUUCUAUUCAUCACCGUUGCAGAUUCUGGCCGGGGUAUCAACAAGGAUUUUCUACAGAAGCAUCUUUUUUCUCCCUUCACGCAGGAAAACGCAGUGGCGACGGACGGAGUAGGCUUGGGUAUGUCCAUCGUGAAGAGCAUGGUGGGCUUGCUUGGUGGCAAGAUACGCGUGACGAGCACGCCUGGCAAGGGAACCACAUUCACCGUAAGCAUUCCGAUGCAGGAAAACAAGGACGAUGUACCGACGUCGGAACCGUCCGCUGCUCUUACUGAGGCGCUCCUAAGGGUCAGGGAGCGGAGAAGGAAGGUUGCAAUUUUCGGAUUCGACAGCAUGUUGCGGGAAUCGCUCCUGACGUAUUUUCGGGACUGGUUCCAGUGGGACGUCGUGGAGUCUGGGGAAGGCGAGCGGUGUUGGGCAGACAUUGUCGUCGUCGAUGGCACUGGAGAUGCUGCGACAAAGGCAAUCCGCCAUGGCUUCGACGCGAGUGUGUACCUCUUUGUUGCGGCUCUUGAAAAACCUGCACGCACGAAGAGACGAAAUUCACUCGCGGCAGGGAGCCAAGGUCACAUCGAGGUCACGACAACUCGGCCGAUCGGGCCUCUCAAACUUUGCAAGGCCGUUUUGGUAUGUCUCGCCCGUCUCGCUGAGGUUGACUUGGGCGAGACAGUUCGUGAGGCGGACACAGCGGCUAGAGAUUCACGGCAGCCGAAACGUCAGGUUUCGUUCAUCACGACUAACAACACAGAGCCGGAACCGGCAUCCACGCCGCAGCCAAGUUCGUCUGCUGAGGAAGCGUCCUCAGCACCCGCGCCGCCCUCUUCGCUCCCCAUGAGACCACCAACGGACUUGGUGCCGUCGCCAAUCCCGGAAAGACCCCAUCGCCCUUCCCCUCCUCCUCAUCUCGCCCCUCCUUCCGCCCCUCCUCCUGGAAUAACCAACUCUUCUUCGUCGUCGUCGACCGUCGCGGCCAAGCCAGGAGUGGAAGGAGAAGAAUCGCCGCGCCUUCUACUCGUCGAAGACAAUGCGGUCAACCUCAAACUACUCCAGACCUUCUUGAAGAAGCAGGGCUACACCGAAUUGACGGCGGCGGGCAACGGCCAGAUCGCCGUCAAUGAGGUGGUGACGCUGGGCGAGGGAAACCGGGGGUUUGAUGUUAUUUUCAUGGACAUCUCCAUGCCCGUCAUGGACGGCUUCGCCGCUACCAUGGCCAUCCGCGCCUUCGAACGCGAACGCCGCGACGAAUCCGAGGCUGCGCACCCGCCGCUAGCUACGAUCCGUCCGCCUACGUACAUUGUUGCGUUGACGGGGUUGGCGGGAACGAUGGACGAGGAGCGGGCGUAUGCGGCAGGGGUGGAUCUUGUGUUGACGAAGCCGGUGAAGUUUAAGGAGUUGGGCGGGGUGUUGGAGAAGUGGCAACGGGGGGAGAGGGUGCUUGGACGGUUUGAUGAAGAGAAGGAGAAGGUAUAA